AUGCAGAGAAGUUCAAUGUUCUGGCGACGGUAUCGGUAUCUUGGAUCCUCUUUUUUUGAUAGAAGAAUGAUCUGUGAAGCUUUAGGUACAACUCCAUUGGGGAAACCAGGUUAUAUAUGGGUCCCUGUAAUGCACAUAACGAGUGGGGGAAGAAGACCCAAGAAGAAGAUCUACCAUAGGGUCAGUGAGCUUGACAGAGUCAUGGACCUUCAAAAGAAACCAUCAUUGAUUCUGCAGCUCAAGUCCAUUAUUCAAGCUCAGAGAAACCAAUCUCUCCGCCUCAGAGACCUUGAAAAAGAAGUUGGUUUUGUUCAGAAAUGGAAUUUCAUGGCUGUCAUUGAGAAGUACCCUACCAUCUUCCAUGUCAGUGGUGGUAACAGAGCUCCUCCAAUGGUUAUGCUCACGGAGAAAGCCAAAAAGAUUGCCGCUGAAGAAGUUGAUGCCAGAGAGAAAAUGGAGCCCAUUUUAGUAAAGAACCUGAGAAAGUUGUUGAUGUUGUCAGUUGAUUGCUGCCUUCCGCUGGAAACUGUUGACUUGGUCAAAUCUUCAAUGGGUUUGCCGUGUGACUUCAAGAGGUCUUUGAUUUCCACGUACCCAGAGUACUUCUCAGUGAAAGAUGUUCGUGGGAGAGAAUAUCUUCAGUUGGAAAAUUGGGAUUCUAGCCUUGCAGUAACUGCUAGAGAGGAAAGAUUGGCACAUGAAGGGAUUCUGAUCUCUACUAGAUGUUCAACGAAGGUUAGAAUUUCCAAAGAUGGUAACUUUCCGGGUCCCUUUGCUUUCCGCUUGAGUUUCCCUGCUGGUUUUCGACCAAACAAGGGCUAUCUUGAACAAAUUCAGAGGUGGCAGAAAAUGGAAUUCCCUUCCCCAUACUUAAAUGCAAGGAGAUUUGAACCUAAGGAUCCAAAAGCUAGAAAACGCAUGGUGGCAGUGCUGCAUGAGCUCCUUAGUUUAACCGUGGAGAAGAGGAUGACAGCUGCUCAACUGGAUGCAUUUCAUUCAGAGUACCGUUUACCAGCUAAAUUGUUGCUUUGCUUGAUAAAGCACCAUGGUAUCUUUUACAUCACAAAUAAAGGUGCCAAGGGUACUGUAUUCCUUAAAGAGGCUUAUGAUGGAUCAUAUUUGAUUGACAAAUGUCCUCUGUUGGCUUUCUGGGAUAAAUUUGUUGCACUUACUGGUAGAAGGGAUGAGUACAGAGUUGGACAGCAUUCAUCGCAGAUUGUUAUAUGAAAGUGUCUCCUGAUAAGGAAAUGCAAUUUAUGCUUGGAAAAGGCCUACUGAAAGUUCCUGAUACAUGAAAUAUGCGAGGCAAAAGCAAAGUUUUCUGCUUCCACUCAAUUGCGAAUGAUAAUUUGCUCUCCCACUUCUAAUGGGAACACAAAAGAUGCCGGGGAAAUAUUUAAUCCCUCCAAUAAGUAACUGCUUCGGCUUCAUCGACCUCUUUUAUUUCUGAUGUAACGCGGCAUAUCUUUCAAAAUUGGGAUGCCGAAUUUGUUAUUUAUUUAGAAUUUGUGGUCAACUAGAUUGUUAGAUCAUAGAGUUGGCCUUAUCUCAUUAGGACCCGUCUGGGUUGGCAUGCUAUUGGUGGUACAAUCUAGAAGAUGUUGUCAUUUUCUGUACUAUCACAAAGGCAGCUAUCUUAGGUUGGUGUCUUCUCUU